CAGGAAGGCAGUAGUAGUUGAGACCCACAGAGGCAUGUGUUGUGCAUCGUAGUAGAUCUAUCUCCAGUUGAUGAUUUCUGCUGCUAUCAGCUUCCAGAGAGAUAUCUGAAGACGUCCCUGGGUUCCUGCAUCAAACACAACUACAAGCAUCCCUACACAGGAGGGUGACAUGGACGAGGGCAGUGUGAGGAAGAGGAAGGACAUGUUUAAUGGAGGCCCCGCCCCCGACCCAACCUCCAAUAUGUCUGCCUCCCACUCCAAGCCUGCUGAGGAAGACGUGAAGGCUACCGUGCUACAGAAGGAUGUGGGCCUUUUGAGUGGGAUCUGUCUGAUCGUAGGAACCAUGAUCGGCUCCGGCAUCUUCAUCUCCCCUAAGGCAGUGCUGCUGGAAACGGGAGCCGUAGGACCUUGUCUGUGUGUCUGGGCCGCCUGUGGGGUGCUAGCUACACUGGGGGCACUGUGCUACGCGGAGCUGGGCACCAUGAUCACUAAGUCUGGAGGGGAAUACUCUUACCUGAUGGAGGCCUAUGGGUCAGUGAUGGCCUACCUCUUCUCAUGGAGCACCAUCAUGGUCCUAAAGCCCUCCGCCUUCGCCAUCAUCACCCUGAGCUUCGCAGAGUAUGCCUCCACGCCGUUCUACCCAGGAUGCACUCCUCCCAUUGUGGUCACCAAGUGCCUGGCUGCAGCGUGCAUAUUUCUGAUCGUGUUGGUGAACUGUCUCAGUGUGAAGCUAGCCAACUAUGUCCAGAACUUCUUCACUGCAGCCAAGCUUCUCAUCAUCCUGGUCAUCAUAGUGGCGGGCAUCGUCCUCUUGGCACAAGGAAACACUGAGAAUCUGUCCAACCCAUUUGAAGGAGCCUCAACCUCCUUUGGAUCCCUUGGACUGGCGUUUUACAACGGGCUCUGGGCCUACGAUGGGUGGAAUCAGCUGAACUUUAUAACAGAGGAGCUGAAAAACCCAUAUAGAAACCUUCCCCUGGCCAUUAUCAUUGGUAUUCCCUUGGUGACUUUGUGCUAUGUGCUGGUCAACAUUGCCUACUUCAGCGCCAUGACCGCUACGGAACUACUACAGUCUCCCGCCGUUGCUGUGACUUUUGGUGACAGAGUGCUGUACCCCCUGUCGUGGGUAAUCCCUGUGUUUGUCGUCUUCUCCACCUUCGGAGCGGCCAAUGGGAGCUGCUUCACAGCCGGCAGGUUGACCUAUGUGGCAGGAAGAGAGGGUCACAUGGUAAAGAUCUUGUCCUAUAUCAGUCUGAAGCGUUACACUCCUUCCCCUGCCCUCAUCUUCAAUGGUAUUCUGGCCGUACUCUACAUUAUCCCAGCAGACAUCAACACCCUGAUCAACUACUUCAGUUUCGCCCAGUGGGCUUUCUACGGCCUCACAGCUCUCGCUCUCAUCGUCAUGCGAUUCACCAGGAAGGAACUCAAGAGGCCCGUCAAGUGUCCCAUUCCCAUAGCAGUGCUGGUGGUGAUAGUGUCCUGCUACCUGGUCCUAGCACCGAUCAUAGACAAGCCAGAGCUGGAGUAUCUGUACUGUACCAUCUUCAUCCUCAGCGGUCUGCUGCUCUACUUCCCCUUCGUUCACCGCAGGUUCAGCUGGACACGCAGGGUCAUGAGGCCAAUCACCAUGCACCUCCAGCUGCUGAUGGAGGUCGUUCCUCCUGAGAAAAACGAAUAGAGGAAGAUAAUAAACAGCCUAAACUGACUGAUGUGGACAAAUGUAUUUUGUGCAUCCCAAAUAUUACCCUUUUCCCUAUGUGGUGCACUACCCCAUAGACCCUAGUAAAAAGUAAUGCACUACUUAGGGAAUAGGGUGCCAAUUGAGACACGAGCUUAGAAACUAAGGUUCUGUACUGUCUCAUAAUGAAUGUUCUGUACUGUCUCAUAAUGAAUGUUCUGUACUGUCUCAUAAUGAAGGUACUGUCCUGUCUCAUAAUGAAGGUUCUGUACUGUCUCAUAAUGAAGGUUCUGUACUGUCUCAUAAUGAAUGUUCUGUACUGUCUCAUAAUGAAGGUUCUGUACUGUCUCAUAAUGAAGGUUCUGUACUGUGUCAUAAUGAAGGUUCUGUAC